AUGGCGGAUGCAAUAGACAAACCACCGGAUGUUAAUAAUAGUUUGUAUCCUAAUGAUACAUUUUUUUGUUCAUCAGAAAAACAACAAAUAUUAAGUGAUGAUUUACCAUCAUUGGAAAUUGUUCGUCAAAUGAUUAAAUAUGAAACAUUUUUACGUUUGUCAGAUCCUAUUCAACAACUUUUCGAUUUAUAUCAUAAAGAUGAUAAUGCUAUAACAAUGGUACUCGAUUUAGUUCAACAACAUGUUGUUGAACAUUUUGGAUAUCGACAUGUAAAUGCAUUACGAACAGCUAUAUCACGUUUUCCAGAUGAUCCAAUUAUUAAAGAAGCAUUUUAUGUUAAACAUAAUAAAAUUACUCAAGGUCUUGUCAAUCAAGGACAAUAUGCAAUUGAUGUUAAACUUUUUACAUUGAAUGGUGAAUCUACUACACUUUUUUCACAAAUAAAUCCUGAACAACCAUUAAUAAUUUUUGCUGAUUAUUAUCUUAAAUUUAAUAUAUUUAGUCAAUUAUUUCGCUCACAUUCGCCAAAUAUGCGUCUAUUGACAAUUUAUAUUGCCGAGGCGCAUGCACGUGAUCAAUGGCCAGCUGGAAAAACAAUUUCAUGUGUUGAUCAACCAAAAACAUUAGAACAACGUUUAGAAAAUGCAUGUCAAUUUAAAAAUAAAUAUAAUUUUGAAAUGCUUAUGCUUGUUGAUAGUAUGGAUAAUACAUUUCAUAAAACUUAUGGUUCAUGGCCAUUUCGUUUUUAUAUUAUUAAUAAUGGAAAAUUAAUAUUUAAAGCUGAACCAGGUGAAACAACAUAUGCUUAUGAUUUAAAUGAAUUAGAUACAUGGAUUGAUAAUUUCUAUCAAAGAUAA